CCUCCAGUCAUGAUCCUGCUGGGCCCCAGUCUCUGCCUUCCGUUGCAGGCCACCGUCCAGGAGCUCUUCCUGGUGGCGCGAGACGCCAACGCCAUCCCGGACAUCUCCUUGGAUCCGGUCCUCACCACUUUCCUGUCGUUGGACUCCUCGGCGGCGUUGCAGCACCAGUACGCCUCCUUGCAGCGCGGCAUGAGCGACCAGCAACAGGAGGCGUUCGGCCUCCGCCUGAACCGAGAGUUGGGGGGCGACAGGGUCAGCGGCGGGGGCGUGGGUGUUGUCGCUCUGGCCCUGUCCUUACUGCUGGACCACGUCGCCCAGCAGGUCCGACGCAACACCUCUUCAACCGAAACCGACCGCUCGCCCGUGACAACCAAGAAGGUUUUUGGCAUCAGCGCUGCUUCAAGAAUCGGCCUGAUUACCAAAACCUACCUCAGCUUGAUCCCCGCAAUUGCAAACGACGUCGACACCGUGGCCGAGACCACCGAGAUCUACGACAACUGGCUCAAGCUGGAGAUGCUGGACCAUUUCCACCGGAUGACCGCCAAGAAGAGGAUGAGCUCCGUGGCCAUGCAGCAGUGGUUGACGGGAGCUGCCGUUCAUCUGCACAUGAGGAUCCACCAGGUUCGGCUUCACUCGGUGCCACCAGGCUCAGCGGAGUCCCUCCGUUUUUCUUACAAGACGGCGCUGAAUCGCCUGGUGCAGGGCUACACGGUCUACCUUCACAGGAACAUUCAAGAGACUGCACCUUCAGAGCCACGGGACAUCGUAACCAACGAGACCUGCUUCGGUCCACUGCCUUUCAGCUCAAACAGCACAGCUUGUAAAAGUGAUGAGUCGGCGUCCCCAGAAGGCCAUGAAGAUGACGAUGCAGGCACCAGGCGGGGUCUACUGGUCAUCGAGGGCGGGAGGAACAUCAGUCAUGACGUGCAGCAUCACCCGUGCGAGUCUCCCGCCAUACAGCAAGCUUUGGUGCUGCGCAUCAUCAAUGCACAAGACCUGGAACAGAGCAGAAAUGUUUUCCUGUAUCCUAAGAAGGUCUUCUACCGCCUUGUUGGGCAGAAGGAAGACUUUCAGUUGAGGGCAAACUAGAUCACAAAUGUUCACUUCAUUGUGUGAAAACUUUGGAACUUGGAGGCUUGGAAAUAAAAUUCUAAUGCAAAA